AUGAGAUGUUCACAACUGGUUAUCAGUAUCAGCAUGCUCAAAUAUAGGAAGAGGCAAAGCAUCUUACCGGCGAACUUUACCGAAAAACACACACUCAGCGAGAAGGCUCCACUGUGUUACAUGAAAUGUAGUCGGCAUGUUGCGAUCAAGCAGCUGGAGCCCUUUGAGAAUGUUUCUAUUGGAGCUCAGAGCAAGGCAGUCAAGAGAAGGAUACAACAGGAGCUCGAAAUUCUUGCUAGUUUAAGGCAUUGGAAUUUGAUGAGUUUGAGGGCUUACAUUCGUGAAUUCGAUAGGUAUUCUUUGAUUUAUGAUUAUGCCCCAACUGGUAGUCUUGAAGAUGCAUUGAGAAGGGUGAGGAAAAAUCAAUUGAAACUUAAUUGGGAAUUACUGCAUUGA